UAUUAUUUUACACAAUUUUUAUAUAAUAUUGUAUAUGAUUCUAGAUAAGAAAAAAAAAGGAAGAACAGCUGUUGUUGAAUGUAAGACGGAGAUUUUAUCAUCAUUAUAAUAAUCAAGAUGGUGGAUUUGGACUUAGAAUGAACGUAUGGUCCCACUGCCAUGUGGAUUGAAGCAGGGAGAGCAGCGUAUGGCUGCAGGUAGGAGAUUGAUCUCAUUUUGUGUGAGUUCCUAACAAUUUUAUGAGGGAAAUGGAAGAUGGAAAAUGGGAAGGGAAAGGGAAAGGGAAAAGGGAAAGGGAAAGGGAAAGGAAAGGAGAGAUUGGAAAGGAAAAGGAGUAAUUAUUAUUUUAAUUAAUUACACCAUUUUUACAAAAUUCACCGAAUCAAAUCAGGUCUGCAACUAAAAUAUUAAUAUGCCACAUGUUGAUGUGAUGACAAUAGCUGCAGUUCUUACAGCUCUAUAAAAAUCAUCCCUUUUUCUUCUAUUUUGUUCUUCCUUCUCUCCCUUCCAUCCACCCACGGUCAUGUCUCCCAGCAAGCUUGAUUCCACUGAUUCCUUUGGACAUGAGGAGGCAAGUGUUUCGUGCUCAAAGCCAGAGAAUGGUUGUGUUGAUUCACUUUCUAUUUUCCAUUCCGAGAAGGCAGUGGAAGAACUUCUUCAACAAACUCCUGUUGCAGGAAUGGAUGAACAUCUUAUAGAGUUCUCAGAAGCUUUGAGAACUGUUGCUAAGGCAUUAAGACGAGCUGCUGAAGGAAAGGCUUCUGCACAAGCUGAGGCUGCUGAAUGGAAACGUAGAUAUGAGCUGGAGAGAACCAGGAAUAUUCAGAUGGAGCGAAAAGUAUCAGGCAACAAUAACUGUGAAAUGCUACAACAUUGGUGGAUUCGAUCUUCUCUAGAUAAUGCAAUGGACAUGUUAAGAAUUAUGCUUCCAUGUCUUUUCUUCUGGGAGGUUGGGAAAGAACAAAAUAAGAGAAUAGCAGAAGCUCGCAUGGCAGAGCAGUUCUCUGCAGAGAAAAAUGGUGAUAUUGAUUGCGAGAGGGUAAAAAACUCCGACAACCAAUCGAUGCUGCAGAAUGAAUCAAAUGAGUAUUCUGAGACAGGCUGCAUGAAGCAUGGGAUUUGGUCGCAUGAGGUUCUUCGUGACAGAGAAUCAGAUUCAAAUUCCAAUGCAGAUCGUAAUAAGAUUAUGAGAAAGGCAUCGUUUAAACUUUCAUGGUGGUGCAAUGGUGAGAAUGGUGAUCAGCACAAACAUGACAUUGUCUCUUUUGAAAGAGGGAAUAUUACAACGGCAGAACGCAGUAGUAAACAGAUUUCUCUGAAGUGGGAAUCUGACCCUCAGACUGUGCUUAUUUUGACAAAACCAAAUUCGGUUUCUGUUCGAAUUCUUUGUGUACAAAUGGUCAGAUGGUUGAGAGAGAGGAAAAAGUUAAAUGUUUAUGUUGAACCACGUGUGAAGGUUGAACUUGUAGCAGAGUCAUCCAACUUCAGCUAUGUACAAACAUGGAAAGAUGACAGUGAAAUUUCACACCUACACAUGAAAGUUGAUCUGGUGAUAACUCUUGGUGGUGAUGGAACUGUUCUAUGGGCAGCAUCAAUGUUCAAGGGACCUGUUCCUCCAAUUGUUCCAUUUUCAUUAGGUUCUUUGGGCUUUAUGACUCCUUUUCAUAGUGAACAUUUCAAAGAUUGCCUUGAUUCAGUCCUGAGGGGACCCAUCAGUAUAACGUUACGGCACCGCCUGCUAUGCCGUGUUGUUAGAGAUGCUGCUAAAAAUGAGUACGAAACAGAACCUUUUCUUGUUCUAAAUGAGGUUACAAUCGACCGUGGAAUAUCAUCAUACCUCACGAAUCUGGAAUGCUAUUGCGACAAUUCCUUUGUUACAUGUGUGCAAGGGGAUGGUUUAAUUUUAUCAACUACAUCUGGUAGCACUGCAUAUUCGUUGGCAGCUGGAGGAUCAAUGGUCCACCCACAGGUCCCUGGUAUCUUGUUCACACCAAUCUGUCCUCAUUCAUUAUCCUUUCGACCCCUGAUAUUGCCUGAGCAUGUAACAGUCCGGAUAAUGGUGCCGUUCAAUAGCAGAAGUCCGGCUUGGGCAUCAUUUGAUGGAAAGGACAGGAAACUGUUGGCUGCUGGGGAUGCUCUUCUGUGCAGCAUGGCACCUUGGCCCGUGCCUACAGCUUGUCAAGUUGAUUCUACUAAUGACUUUUUACGCAGUAUCCAUGACGGCCUCCAUUGGAAUCUGAGAAAGACGCAGUCAUUUGAUGGCCCUCGGGAUCGGGAUCUAUAAGGUCAUUUUCCGAACUUAUAUCUAGCUGGAAUCUAACUUAUACAUUCCAUAUGUUUCAGUCAUUGUAGGAAGGGGAAAUCAAAUUCACAAAAACUGAAAUAGCUGUAAGUUCUUGUUAUAUCACAGUAUUAUGGUUUACCCUUAAAAAUGUUUUCCCCUCAAAGGUUGUAGGAAGGAGCACUAUAUUUGCCCUUCUGCUGCUGCAGAUAUAACCAAAGUUGUAGUCAACACUAGAGUAUAUUUGUAUCUUUUUUAUGAGAUCAAAAGAGGAUACAUCACAAUGUGUCAAAUUUAGUUUCCAAAUUUUAGGUUGGGAGCUUUAAGAAA